AUGGAGGGCGUAUCGCGUUUUCUUCUCUCCUUCUUUUCCUUUUUCCCUUCUUCCUUUCUUCACGGUUUCGUUGCCUGCUUAAACCUAGCUCGUGUAAUGGACACGGUUGGCUCAGUGUCCUCGUAUCAGCCAAUGGCAGUCGCGAUGUCGGAUUUGAAAUCGAGGCGUUUGAUCUCUUAUCUCUACAUCAAAUGGUACUCAGAUGAGCUGGGGAAAGGGGUCGAAGUAUUCGGUCUGUUCAUAUCUAUCUAUCUAUCUAUCUAUAUCUAUCUAUCUAUCUAUCUAUCUUUUCCAGUUUGUUUAUUUCUAUCUAUCUAUAUAUCUAUCUAUCUAUCUAUCUAUCUAUCUAUCUAUCUAUCUGUCUGUCUGUUUGUCUACGGGUACUCACAGGAUGUCUUUCUAAUUUUCCUUCCCAUUUUUAUCUUACCAUCUUUUUUUCUUUCCAAAACUCAGUCAAUUCAUUUAUUACCCUUUCUUCCUCAUUCUAUUUCCCUCUCAUUCUUCGUUCCAGUCUUUCUAUUUCCCUCUUUUUAUUUCCUUUGUUCGUUCGUCUUUCAAUACAUUUACUAUCGACGUCUCUUUGGACUCGUCACACCUUCAUUAAUCCGACCAGAAACAGUAGACUUCAAGCGCUCACAUCAAACUAGACGUCUGUCUGCCUCACCUUCUCCCGUUCCAAUAAGUGGGAUGCCUGGAUCGGCAUCAGUGGCAGAAUGA